UGCACACACGCAUAGUAGUAGCAGCCACAUUUACACAGGCUGCUCUUCAGACUGACAGCAGCAAACGGAGUUGAGAGGCAGCGCAAUAGAGCGAGGGAAACAAGGCAGGCAUCCAGAGAGGAGAGCAAAGCAGAGGAGGCUCACACAGGGUUUCCCCUUACUGCCCUUUGGCUCUCUGGGACCCACAAAAGGAAUCUCCUCUGUGCUCUUCUUGAGCUGAACUUGCUUUGCCAGAAGACCUGCACCCCACUAUGGCAACACUGGUGGGACAUGGAAACCCUUGCCCCCUCUCAUCUCAUUCCUCUAAACUGUGGACUACCUUUAUUUUGGGUGUGUUGACCCUUUCGAGUCAAGUCUGGGGCUUUAACUUGGAUACUACUCACACACUGCAUAAGUUGGGAGACCCUGGCACCUUUUUUGGCUUCUCUCUUGCGCUUCACCAGCAGCGUAAUCCAGACCCUCAGAGCUGGAUACUGGUGGGAGCUCCAAGGGCGGCAGGGCAGGGUAAGUUGACGGGCAGUCGACCAGGAGCCCUGUUCAGGUGUCCGAUCACACCAGAGGAGUACGACUGUGAGAGGGUUGACAUUGAUGGAGACGUGAGUUGGGACAGAGAGAGCAAGGACAACCAGUGGCUGGGAGUUACAGUCAAGAGUCAGGGCAUUGGAGGGAAGGUUGUGACCUGCGCUCAUCUAUAUGAACUGAGGCAACGUGUAAACCAGUCAUCAGAGACUCGGGAUCCCAUUGGACGUUGCUAUGUCCUGAGUGAGGACCUGACUAAUCGAGAUGACCUGGACGGAGGAGAAUGGAAGUUUUGUGAGGGUCGGCCACAGGGACACGAGCAGUUUGGUUUCUGUCAGCAGGGCCUGUCUGUCAGUUUCACCCCAGACAACAACUUCAUUCUGUUCGGUGCUCCAGGAACAUACAACUGGAAAGGCGAGAUGCGUGUUCAGCUCCUAAACCAGACUCUGCUUGACCUCGGUAUCUAUGACGACGGACCUUACGAGGUGGCAGAUGAAAAACAACUUAAUGCCCAGCUCAUCCCUGUGCCCUACCACAGUUACCUGGGGUUUUCUGUUGACUCUGCCAUGGGAAUAAUGAGUCUCGGAGAGCUAACCUUCGUGGCCGGUGCUCCCCGAGCCAAUCACACCGGGGCGGUGGUGCUGCUGAAGAAAGACAAUGUGUACCGGUUGGUGCCACAGCACAUCUUCUGGGGGGAGGAGCUGGCCUCUUCAUUCGGAUAUUCAGUAGCCACCACAGAUCUCAACAGUGAUGGCUGGACGGACCUGAUUGUUGGAGCUCCUAACUUUUUUGACCGUAAAGCAGAGAUUGGUGGAGCUGUUUAUGUGUAUCUAAACCCGUUUGGUCACUGGGAUGAUCAGGCUCGGCCCAUCCGCCUCAACGGGACAUACGACUCCAUGUUUGGGAUGACAGUCAGCAACGUUGGAGAUCUGGACCAGGACGGAUAUGGAGAUAUUGCUGUGGGAGCACCGUUUGAUGGAGAUGGAAAAGUUUUUAUCUAUAGAGGCUCAAAAUCUGGAAUUGAGACAAAACCUGCUCAGGUGUUGGAUGGCCGGGACUUUGAUGUGAGACGUUUUGGAUAUUCUAUCUCAGGGGGUUUGGAUAUCGACAACAAUCACUACCCAGAUGUGGCAGUGGGCUCGCUGAACGAUUCAGUGGUUCUCUUCAGAUCUCGUCCUGUCAUCCAUGUGAAGAGAGACAUAACUAUUGAUCCUCCACAAAUAGAUUUGGAGCAGUCCAACUGCAAAGGCAGAGAUGGAGUCUGUGUGGAGGUCAAGGCUUGCUUCACCUUCGUAGCGUACCCAGCUCACUACUCUCCACACAUUACCCUCGUAGUGCGCUUUGAAGCAGACACAGAGCGCAGGAAGGUGGGCCUCCCGCAUCGCGUUACCUUCCUGGGCCGCAGUUUACUGGAGCCGGAGUAUACACAGACAGAAGAAGUGCAGCUAAAUCGGCAGCGUCACGCUGUGUGCACCAACGCUGUCUUCCAGCUGCAUGAGAACAUCCGUGACAAACUGCGUCCCAUCUCUUUGGUCAUAACCCACACUAUCAAGCCCGUGCCGCCACGCAGACACUCUGCAAAAAGGCUGGAGAAGCUGCCGCCGAUACUCAAUGUCUCCCCUUCCAAUACGCUCCACUCUGAGGUGAACUUUCUGCGAGAAGGAUGCGGCAAUGACAAAAUCUGCCAGAGCAACCUGAAGCUAAGCUACCAGUUUGGUACUCGACCCCUGAACUCUGACCUUUUCAUCCCGCUGCCAAAAGAUGAGGACGAUGUGCAGGUGUUUUCUCUCUCAGAUCAGCGGCUGGUGGUGCUGGACAUCACCGUCACUAACAUGCCCUCUGACCCUCUUUACCCCGAGGAGGAUGGCGAUGAUGCUCAUGCUGCUCAGCUUAUUAUCUCCCUGCCAAACACACUGUCAUACGCCGGCUCCAGGAUCCCAGAGCAGAUGAGAUGUCAAGCAAACCAGAAUGGCUCCCAGGUUGAAUGCGACCUGGGAAACCCCGUCAAACGAAACUCUAAGCUGAAAUUUUCCAUCAGUCUGAGCACAGCUAACAUCACUAUUGAGACCACCGAGCUGACAGCUGAGCUCUCACUGAAAACCAUCAGCGAACAGCCUGACUUGGUCCCUGUGACAGCUUACGCUAAAGUUGUGAUAGAGCUCCCUCUGUCUGUCAGUGGGCGCGUCAAUCCCGACAAGCUGUUCUUCAGCGGUGCAGUGAGGGGUGAGAGUGCUAUGAGCAGUCUGGACGACAUCGGCAGCACUGUGGAUUUUGAGUUUGUGGUUGCUAACCCCGGUCAAGCUCUCCAGACACUUGGCUCUGCCUUCCUCAACAUUAUGUGGCCCUAUGAGCUGGCCAAUGAGAAAUGGCUCCUGUAUCCUGCCAGCUUGACGUUUCAAGGCCACCCAGAAACACAGUGCGCCCCUACAUCAGCUCUGAAUCCUCUGAAGCUACAGGGCUCCUCACCUGCAGAGCCGGGCAGUCACGGGCAGGUUGGGCGAAAACGCCGCUCCCAUCCCGAGGAGGAAGGUCAGAUCAUGACUAAAGGCAGCGUGGGACAGACCACACCUGCUGUGGCAGCUUCAGACAGACGCAAGUCGCUCAAACUGGAUUGCCUGCUGGGGUCAGCACGCUGUGUGCUGUUCCAGUGUCCUCUCCACAGCUUCUCCGGUCAGGCUGUGCUUAAAAUCCACGCCAGACUGUGGAACAGCAGUUUCAUAGAGGACUUCCCAGCAGUCAGUGCUCUGGAGCUGCUGGUCAGAGCCAACAUCACUGUGAAGUCCAGCAUCAAACAUCUGGUCCUUAAGGAUGCUGCUGCACUGGUUUCAGUGAUGAUUUAUCCCGAGCACGGUGUUACUGACCAGUACUGGAUCCCCUGGUGGAUUAUCCUCAUUGCCAUCCUGGCAGGUGUCCUGCUGCUGGCACUGCUGGUCCUCAUGCUAUGGAAGUGUGGCUUCUUCCGACGGGCGCACUACAAGGACAAACUGCCUCAGUACCACGCGGUGAAGAUUCCUCGCGAGGACCGGCCUCAGUUUCAGACUGAGAAGUCAGGAGGCGUCCAAAAAAAGGAAUGGGCCACACACUGGAGCGACGGGACCUCGUAACCUGCUUUGAUGCCCUAACCGACUUUAAAAAAACAGAAAGAAAAAAAUCACCAUGUGCAGCACUCAUUAUGUCUUUGCUGUUGAAUUAACUGACUAAAAAAGUGCACAGAGACUGGGAUCACGAAAUGUUGUGCACACUUUACUUCAUCAUUGCUUACAUACUGAUGCGUUUUCUCAAUACUGUAGCCUACUGAAGGCCUUACAUAGCAUAUUUAGUCUAAAUCAAUAUCAUAGUAUUGUACUGAAGGCCUACAACAACAUUAAAACCAGUCGAGCUGCUGAGUACGUUCCCCAGCCCUCACUGCUGCUUCACUGUCUGACAUCAGAAAGAAGGACUGAAAAUCAAAGACAUGCAUGAGCACCACAUGCAGAUCAUAACAGACACACACAGAUAUACUGGACAUUAUAGUAAAGAAGCCAGUGCCCAUGACAAAGACUACUUUUUGCCUUAACUACUGUAAGACUGAAGAUUCAUAUGGGCAAUGAAAAGAAAAUGCAUUUUUCUAUCUAUAAAUGACUUUUUUAGUACUGGUUAAAGCACUGGGUGGGUGGAUGUUCGUGUUUCGAUGAAUGUGUUGUCUUCUGGGCUCGACGAUUACUCUGGGUUGGCUCAAGAAGCCAUUUAAAAAGUUCAUUAAUAGCUUUUGUAGGGCUUUGUUCAAUUGCCUGAGUAACUUGAAUAAGAACAAGAAACCACAAUACAACCUAUAACAUGCCGUAGCCACGACCAGAGCACUGUUGUCGCAUGUGUCAGAUUUAAAAAAAAGCAAUAUUUAAGGUAUCGUGUGCUCUUCAUCUGUAUAUGAAAAUUUCUGGUAGAUUUUUUUUAUGGAUGUCUUAUGAUGACAUAACAGUGUAAAAAAAUCUAAUAUGUAUGAAAACUUACUGUAGCCUCAAUUUAAAAUCUAUACUGCUACGAAUGAGUGAAUUAGUUACAAUGUGAUGUCUGAGUGAUGCCGCCAUAUUUUUCUCAUGAGCUGUAGUGUAAAGAUGUUUCACCAGGUAAGAUCUGUUUUUUUUUUUGUUGGACUGCAUUAACCUGCUUGUCACACUGUUCUUGUUAAUGUACGCCACUCGUACCAGUAUGACAGUCCUUUCACUUUGUUACUGACACUUCUAAUUGCGUACAAGUGCCUUAUUGUAAAGGUGGCAGAUGGUGUGCCACUGGUUACAAACGCAAGGCUACUGCAAAUUAGAUCAUACUCCCCUGAAACAUCUGUUGGACACUGGUGGACAAGUAAACAUCCCUCCUGCACUGAAGCAACAUGAAGACAGGGAAAAACCUUUGUUGUUGUUUUUUACAUGAACAAAGCAGCGCGAACAUAAUGUGUAUCAGAACCAGACUCUUUGGAUCUAAUCUGGGUUGAUGCAGUGGAUGUAAAGCAUGAAGGGUCAGCUUGAUUUUUUUUAGGUAUUGCUGGACAAUCUUAUACUAGCUGCAUGUCCUUUUUCUGAUGUUCCCAGAUUUUCUGUUGGUCAUUGUUCGGUGUUUUAUUUAUUGAUUUCUUUGGAUUGGCUGCACUGUUUAAAGGUUGUAAAUAAAAUUUAAAAAAAAAUUUAGGUAAACCUGACAGACCGCUUAAUUUGAUCAUUAUGCAGAGAUUUUAAACCCAGUGAUGUACAGACAAAAACCAAGGAUGUGUAAAAGCUGCAAUUCUCUUAUGUAACACCAGGUGGCGGUAACACUCUGAGAAAUAAAACAUUAUUUCUGUAGUUACUUUAAAUGGGAGGGAAAAACGAAAACAUAACGCAUGUAAAUUUUGUAAAAGCUGUAAUAUGACUACUUGUCUGGAAUAGAUCUGAAUUAUUUUGUUUUUCAUGGAAAUGUUGCCCAAAUGUUCUUGAGUAUUUGUGCUUGUUAACAUAAAGAUGAACAGGACAGGACAGUAAUUAAGGGGUGCAGAUGAGAUGGGUUUGUCUUUAAUGUUUGAUUGUAACUCUUCUCGAAGAAGAAAUAAAGGCAUCUUGUUUUGUUUAUGUGACAUAAAUAUUCAUGGUCUGU